UCUUUUCUUUUUUGUUUUUAGUCUUAAGUAGGAGGCCGUGCCCCCACCCCCACCGCAGCCCCCCAGCAGCCCAGGCCUGGGCAGCUACCAUGGCCGAGGUCCCCGGCGCGGCGUUGUCCCAGGCGGGCUGGUAUCUUUCAGAUGAAGGUAUUGAAGCUUGCACAAGUUCUCCUGAUAAAGUCAAUCUAAAUGACAUCAUCCUGAUUGCUCUCAAUACAGACUUGAGAACAAUUGGUAAGAAAUUCCUCCCCAGUGACAUCAAUGGUGGAAAGGUAGAAAAGCUUGAAGGUCCAUGUGUUUUGCAAAUUCAGAAAAUUCGCAAUGUUGCUGCGCCAAAGGACAACGAAGAGUCUCAGGCUGCACCAAGGAUGUUGCGGCUGCAGAUGACCGAUGGUCAUAUAAGCUGCACAGCGGUCGAAUAUAGUUAUAUGUCAAAAAUAAGCCUGAACACACCACCUGGAACUAAAGUUAAGCUCUCAGGCAUCGUGGAUAUAAAAAAUGGAUUCCUACUCCUGAAUGACUCCAACACCACAAUCCUGGGGGGGGAAGUGGAACACCUUAUUGAGAAGUGGGAGCUACAGAGAAGCUUGUCAAAACACAAUAGAAGCAAUAUUGGAACUGAAGGUGGACCACCUCCUUUUGUGCCUUUUGGACAGAAGUGUGUGUCUAAUGUCCAAAUGGAUAGCAGAGAACUUGAUCGAAGGAAGACCCUGCAAGUUACAAUGCCUGUCAAACCCCCAAGUGAUAAUGAUGAAUUUGAAAAGCAAAGGACUGCUGCUAUUGCAGAAGUUGCAAAGAGCAAAGAAACCAAGACAUUUGGAGGAGGUGGUGGUAGUGCAAGAAGUAAUCUCAAUAUGAGUGCUGCUGGUAACCGAAAUAGAGAAAUUUUACAGAAAGAAAAGCCAACCAAAUCAGAGGGGAAACAUGAAGCUGUCUAUAGAGAACUGGUUGAUGAGAAGGCUCUGAAGCACAUAACAGAAAUGGGCUUUAGUAAGGAAGCAUCAAGGCAAGCUCUUAUGGAUAAUGGCAACAACUUAGAAGCAGCACUGAAUGUACUUCUUAAUAGCAAUAAACAAAAACCUGUUUCAGGUCCACCUCUGAGAGGCAAAGGAAAAGGCAGGGGACGAAUAAGAUCUGAAGAUGAAGAAGAACUGGGAAAUUCAAGGCCAUCAGCACCAAGCACAUUAUUUGAUUUCUUGGAGUCUAAAAUGGGGACUUUGAGUGUGGAAGAGCCUAAAUCACAACCGCAGCAGCUUCAUCAGGGGCAACACAGAUUGUUGAAUACUGAGCAAAAUGGAAUAAAAGACAGUAAUCAAACAAGAUAUCUUCCUCGGAAUGAUACCAGACAGCCAAGGAAUGAAAAACCCCCUCGUUUUCAAAGAGACACCCAAAAUUCGAAGUCAAUUUUAGAAGGCAGUGGAUUGCCUAGAAAUAGAGGUACUGAAAGACCAAGUACUUCUUCAGGAUCUGAAGGAUGGGCUGAAGAGAGAAUCAGAUGUGAUAGACCCUAUUCUAGAUAUGAUAGGACUAAAGACACCUCAUACUCUUUAGGUUCUCAGCACAAUGAUGGUGCUUUUAGAAAAAGAGAUAACUCUAUGCAAAACAGAUCAGGAAGAGGACCAGCCUAUGCAGAGGCAAAAGAAAACCCACUUCCUCAAGAAUCCAUAGAUUAUAAUAAUCAAAAACGUGGGAAAAGAGAAAACCAAACAGCAAAUCCUGAUCAUUUUUAUGACAGGAAACCACGAACAAUAAAUAAUGAAGCUUUCAGUGGUGUAAAAAUUGAAAAACAUUUUCCUAUAAAUACUGAUUACCAGAAUCCUGUCAGAACUAAUAGUUUCAUUGAUGUUCCAAAUGGAGAGACAGAAAUGCCACUGAAGGGAAGGCGCGUAGGACCUAUUAAGCCAACAGGACCCACCACAGCCACACCCUAUGAUGAUAAAGUAUUUUAUAAUAGUGGUCCCAAAAGAAGAUCUGGGCCAAUUAAACCAGAAAAAGUACUGGAACCAUCUGUUCCUAUGGAGUAUGCAAAACUGUGGAAACCUGGAGAUGAAUGUUUUGCACUUUAUUGGGAAGACAAUAAGUUUUACCGAGCAGAAGUUGAAGCUCUCCAUUCUUCAGGUAUGACAGCAGUUGUUAAAUUCAUUGAUUACGGAAACUAUGAAGAGGUGCUACUAAGCAACAUCAGGCCCAUUCAAACAGAGGCAUGGGGUAGCCAUAAGUGAUGAGUACAUUUGUCUUUCCUCAUUGUAGCUCUUCCAUUCAAAGGUGUUUGGUACUGAAGUGAUCAUUUUCUUUCCACAGUCAGUGGCUUUUCCUCCCCUCACCCCCAAUAGUCCUCAUUGCUUUAUCAUUGAUUUUAGAGUUAUGUAAACUUAGCUGGACAAUAACUUUACCAGAUGUCACAGCCCAUGUAGUGAUUCUGUUUUGAACAGCAAUGCGUUCAUAUUCUUCCUACCCCUUUAUGAGUACUCAUAUAUACGUUGUGCUAUUUUUUUCACCUGUUCUUUUUCUGCUUUCAACUUAAAAUUUUUCUUAUAAGAUGUUUGGAAUGUUUUUUCAGAAAGAAGCAGGAUAGACUCACUAAAUCUUUUGGAGAUUUUGGUGUUUCUUUUCUCGUACUUACAAAUAAUCAAGUGAUUGUUGAUGUUUUAUGAUUUUGCAAAAAUUAAUAUAACAAAUAUUUUUGGAUCAUGAACAUCAUUAUUGAAGAUAAGAUCAUCCUUUCUUCUUUAUCUGAAUGAAUAAUGACUUAGUUGUAGAAGCAUCUUAUUCUUGAUAUAUAGAAUUCACCAGCUUAACAUAUCUUCAUUCAUCUCCAUUUAAAAAAAUACAUUCAAAGCCCCUAAGAAAAAGUUACGCAGUUGUCAAUAUGUUUAAUGUAGAGUUAGUGUAGAAUUCUCUUAGACUCUCAGAGUAUUAAUGUUGGGGUGUAUGAGCACUUUUUCUUUUUGUAACUGGGAAAUUGUAACAAGUUUUAAGUUAAUCAAAAGCAAAACAUACACUAUGCCAAUAACAAGGUAACUCUAAUUGGUAAAUCAUAUUAGAAAAAUUAAAGGGCUGUAAAGGUACAGCAAAGAUGUUAGAAGCCUUAGCACAAAUAUUAACUCACACUAUGGAUUGUGUAAUUUUUUAUUUUUUAGCUCUUGCACUAUAUAUGUGCAUUACAAUUUUUAAUUGUGAAAUGAUGUAUCUUUUAUUAAGGUUUAUGUUUGCUAUUUGCAGAAGAUUUUGGAAAACCUGUUUUCCUAAAUGUAGCAAUGAUUAUGGAUUGAAGAUAUUUUUUAUAGUUUGCAGGAAAAACAACUCAGAAAACCUGUACAUAAGCCAAAAGCCUCUAUAGAAAUCAGUUGCCUGUAUUGUCUCAUAAAGGUAUACGGAUAAAUCAUUAAAUAAAAAGCAUGAAAUAUUAAGAGACUCAAUGACUAAGUUAAUAGUCCCUUGUAAGGAAAAUAAAAAUCUAGUUAGUAGUUUAAAUCUAAGUGUUAAUAUUUUUCUCAUAAAGUUUAGGAAUUAUUUGCCUUAAUUCUGUCUGUAGUGUAGACCAAAUGUCUGUUUUCCCUUUCCAUCUGGAUACACCCUUUUAUUUCCAGAACAUACUCAGUGAUUAUAUUUUACUUGGCAAAAAUUUAUGUUCUGAUUAUGAUUGAAUACUUUAUUUCCUCUAAAAUUAUUUACUAAACCUUCUGGUAAGUUGUGUUUAAUUUUUUUUACUUCUACCUAGAUUUCACCUGGUUCUUUUAGGUAUCAAAAAAAUUCUUAAAUUUAGUAUCUUUGUUAUAGUGAACUCUCUAAUUAUCAUAAAUAAUGUGAGAUUCACAGCUCAUUCUUAACUGAAUAAAUGCUCUAAAUUGUUUUUUCAGUGGUCUUUAAACAUCGUAGGAUUUUCCUUAUUUUAUUAAAGUAGCUGAAACACUAGGAGUCUCAUUUUAUCUGGAAAAUUAUAUAGGGAGAAAACCAUACUCUGUAUUAUUUUAUACUUAUGACCAUUGUAUGAGAAAACAGUAGGGGCAAAGAAAACCUCCUAUUUAUCUUCCCUGCAAUCCCCUCCAAAUUGGUUCCUUUUAACUCUAAAGCUAAUACCAGAAAACCAGUAAAAAGAUGCCACAGGCAAUUUGGAAUUACUGAAAAUACCCUGGUGCUGCUGCUCAGACAAGUCUUUUGUGUUUUACGGUGUUGUUGCUUCUGAAUUGCUUUUCUAAACCUGAAAAAACAUUGUCAAGUCCUGAUUCUCCAAGUAUAUUUAUGACUUGAGUUCCAUUGAGACUUAUAUCCAAAAAAUGUUUUUAGAACAUACUAGUUUCUAAACUUUCUUUUUAAAAGUUUAUAAUAUUUGCUUCUUGGUAGCAGGAAAUUAUCAUUGUUUGGCUGUUGUUUUAACUAGAAAAAAUAUUAUAUAGGUAAUGGUUCUAAUACGUUAGCAUGCACAAUAUGGACAGGCGUUCUGGAAAGCGUAGAUGAUUGUUACUGUCCUUUAGAUGAUUAUUCUAUUUUAACUGUUUUCUGUAAGGUAUCCAUUUAUUCCACAAAUAUUCAUUGCACAUCUGUUAGGUGCCAAGCACUAGUCUAGGUCAGGGAAACAUAUUUAUAGGCAAAACGCAAAAUUCCUGCCCACUGUACAAAGUAAGAAGUCCCAGAUCUGGUUAUGUAAAGCAGACUUACAAGUAAGCAUCUCAUGAGAGUCUUUAUUUAUACUUUUUGAGACUUUAAAACAAAGUACAAAUGGUGAAAAUCUUGUUUACUGAAGUUUUCAUUUAAAUAAUGUUUAGGUCUUUAUUUAUUCCACCUUAGUUUAAAGAUAAAAUUUAUGAGAAAGUAGAAACUGUUAUUUAAUGAAUUUUGUCUACUUAAAAAGUUCUUUUUAUCUAUUUAAAAAAUAAAACUUGUCUAUAGGAGGUUUUGGAUUUUUAAAAAUAAUUAUAAUAUAUAUUUCAGUUUUAGCAUACUUUAAGAAAAGAACUGACAAUCUUAAGUUUUACUUUUGAAGUAACUUUGUACAAAAUUUAUUUUAUAAUGAUAUCCUAGGAAGCACAUUUGGAAGUUACCUUUUCAAAUUCAGAUAUUCAUAAAAAUCCAUAAAUUAUUCUACCACUAGUAAAUAUAUGAAAAAGAAAUGUAGAACAAAAAAAAAUCCUAACCUAUUUACUGAGGAAGGAGAUGGAGAGUUGUAAUACAGAAAUUAAUGAGUUAAAAUGAAUCCUAAAUGUAUUAGAACAAGGUCAUAUAAGUAAUUUUAACGACAUAAUUAUGCUUUAUCUAGUUUGUAUUUGAUAUCAAAAGAUCAUAAUAGAUAUUAAAAAGAAGACAAUUGUUAUAGAAACCAUUAACUUCAUAGGAAAAUUACAAUUAUGUGACAAUGAAGUUCUGCCGAUUAAUAUCCAGUAAAAAGUACAAGUACCUAUUUCAGAAAGUUUUUCAUUCUAGAUGAUAAAUUCUUAAAUUAAUUAGUGGAUAUAAUUUACCAUUUUUAAAUUUCUGCAUUAAAAACAAUUUGAGCCCAGCUGGCUCAGUGGUUGAGUGGCGACCAGGAGGUUGCAGUUAGAUUCCCAGUCUGGGCACAUGCCUGGGUUGCAGGCUUCAUCCCCAGUGUGAGGUGUGCAGGAGGCAGCUGAUCAAUAAUACUUUCUCAUCAUUGAUAUUUCUAUCUCUCCCUUUCUCUCUCUGAAAUAAAAAAUAUAUAUAAAUAUAUAUAUUUAUAUAUACAUAAUAUAAUAUAUAUAUAUAUAUUUUAAAAAUAAACACAAUUUGAUUAAGGUCACUGAAAUACAUUUUCUUCUACCACACAUAUUUUGGGAAACUUUUCUUUCAAGGAUGGCCAUAUGGGCACUGCUGAUUUUCUUUUGCAUUAUAAACAAAAAAUAAAUUAGAAUGAAAACUAUACAGCUAGUUUAGCCCCAUUUAAAACACAAUUUUCAAAUUAUGGACAGUGGAAUUUGGGGGCUUUCAUGCAAUAUCUUUAAACUUUGUUUUAAUAAAUUUGGUUGUAUUUGAUGUGGUUUGUUUAUUUCUUCAUUUAUUACCCAGACUUUCACAAUUCCCACAGGAGGUUAUAAAUUACACAAAGCAUUUUAGCAAUUCCCACAGGAGGUUAUGAAUCACACAAAGGAUUUUCAAAUUCCCACAGGAGAUUGUGAAUUACACAAAAGGAAUUUUAUACAAAAGGAGGUAUGAAAGCUGCUGACAUGGAGGGAAAAAUUAUUUGUUCCUAAAUGCAUGCCAUAUAUAUAGAUGUGUCUGCUUAAAUACUCUUCAUAUUUACCUCCUAAGCCCGAAUUCAGUUUGUGAUAACUAAAACUAACAGAUUAUUAUCAAAAUCUAGAGAUCUAGUUUUGAGCUGACUACAUUAUUCAAUAGAGACAUUUUAUUUUACCAUUUCAGUUAACAGUAAGAGAAUAAUAUGCUAUUUUAGGACCUGUACAAAAGUAUUGCUUGAAUUUCGGUACCUGAUAACUUAAUAUAUUAUAAUCUAUUAAAAGGAACUGUAUAUAAGAAUAUUUUUAAAAGGUUUCUGGAUAAUCUGAGUUUCACUUUAUUGAGCAAUUAAAAUGCAGAUUAAGAUUAUUAUUUCAUGUUCCUUUUUUCUGAAGAUGACAUAACUCCCAAAGUGAAAUAACUGCCUCAGAUGUGCUUUCUUUCUUUUAAAGUUAUUUUAAUGGUCACUCAGAUUUGUUUCUAACUUCAAUUGCAGUUUUCAUAAGAACAAUUUGUCUUAAAUUAAUUAAAUAUUAAUAUUAAGAUCACGUUAGCAAAACUGUAUGAAAAUUCACAGCACUUUUUUUAUACAUGAAUAAUACCAGAGCUAUUAUGCUAACUUUUAUCUUCUAAGCUUCCCCUUUACUAAUGGCAGCCUAAAGUAUGGACUUCUGAAUUAUGGUGUUGAUUAAUUAAGAAGUAAAUUCAUGAUGCUUUAGAUUAUACUGAAUAUUAUAUGAUUUUCAUUUUCCUUUCAAAGUAGUUUUAAGGAGGCAUCAUGGGUGCGAUCUAUAGCCAAAGGGGGCUGGAUUGUUAGGUGAACUUAUUUUUCCCUUUGACAUCUUGAUUCAACAGACCCAGGGUUUGUUCUCUUCUAAGUGUAAGCUUUGUUUUUUCAUUUACUUUACUUACCAGGACUUUUAAAGCUAUAAUUUCAAACUGCACUGGUUUUUACCAUUCCUUUGCAUAUAUAUGCAUAGACUUGCUAAUAUACUCAUUGCACAGGAAAUAAAGUAGUAAAACAAAUGAA